AUGCUGAAGCCGCGGGACCUGGGCCCGGGGGCGGCCACGCGCACCUUCGUGGAGGCGAUGCGGGCGGGCCGGCUGCACCUGGGCCGCUUCGUGCUGGACGCGCUGGACGGGCGCAUCGUGGACUGCCGGGCGGAGCGGGGCCGCACGCCGCUCAUGCUGGCCGUGGCGCUGCCCGAGCCGGCCUGCCGCCUGGCCUUCGCGCGCCUGCUGCUCGAGCGCGGCGCCGCCGUCCACCUGCGCGACGACGCCGGCCGCAGCGCCCUCAGCCUGGCCUGCGAGCGCGGCCACCUCGACGCCGCCCAGCUCCUCGUGCAGCACGGCGCCGACCCCGACGCCGCCGACGCGCGCGGCUGGAGCCCGCUCAUGCACGCCGCCGCCGCCGGCCGCGCGCCCCUGCUCGAGUGGCUCCUGCGCGCCUUCCGCCGCCUCGGCCAGCUGCGCCUCGACCGCGCCGACCGCGCCGGACGCACCGCCCUGCAGCUCGCCGCCGACGGGGGACACGGCCAGUGCGUGCGGGCCCUGCAGGCCGCCGCCGCCCGCGCCCUCCCCGAGCCGCCGCCCGCCUGGGCCCACGGGGAGGACGAGGCGGCGGCGGAGGCGGCGGCGACGCACCGGCGGCCGCCCCAGGACCCGGCGCCCGGCACACCGCCCUCGCGAGGGGGCCAGGGGGCCUCGUCCCUCCGAGGCCGCCCGCUGGUCCGCAGGGCCACGGCGCCGGACUGCCAGAGCCUCCUGGGCUGCUAA